ACCGACAUGGAAGCGAAACUGCUGCGCCAGAUAGUUCUUGCAGGUAUGGCGGAUCUAAAAGAGGAUCAGGAUAAGGCCAAGUGGAAAUAUGCUUUAGAGGUUAGGUAUGAACACCAUCAGAAAUGGAGGAACCUGGUUCAUGCAUUCUUCGUGCGUUCUACGGAAAAUCAGUCCGGAAUAGGUGGUUUAUAAAGAGGUGUACGAAACGAAUAAGAUGUAUAUGCGAGGUGUCACGGCGAUAGAACCCGAAUGAUUGCCGAAAUUCGCUUCCACGCUAUGCCAUCUUAGUGAAUCAUUGGUUGAUCCACCGCCAAGAUAUAAUCAAGGAACCGGGAAGAUCAUUUGCCGCGUGUCUGGUACAUUUGGAAAGGCCGGAUGGGGACUACCAUCGAUGCAUAUAGAGCAUCUGUGGACGGUGUAAAGUGGUUCGCGUAUUUCUUCUUGGAGGGUCAAGUGUACCCUAAGCUGAAACGAUUUGUUCCGUCGUUGCUGACGACACCUGGGAGCAUCACCAAGUCAUGGGCCAGGUUGAUACCACGCACUCAAGCAAUAGUACAAACGUUGCAGUCGCAGGGAGUCGUGUCCAAAUACAAACUGCUAGAAAUCUGGGGUUUGGAUAAAAAAUGUGAGAUUUUAAUUUAUAAAAUAAUAUUUAGAUAUUAUCAUCGAGUAGACUUCUAUACAAUACUAGACCGCUGACAGGCAUCUCGGCCGUGAUGCUUGCCGCCAUGUUGAUUUUAGUCAAGAUAUGCUAUACUACAGAUUCUAUACAAGUAGUUUUAUACAAAAUUUCUAUACAAUAGUCUGGCAUAUACAAAAUGUCCAAAAGAAAGGGUUUAAUACUACAGGAGUAGUGGUUCGAUUUCGGCAUUCAAGUAGCUACACGUUGAAGGCAUGACUUACAAACUUAUUGAUAACAUGUACCAAUAUUUAACACAAAAACAUUCGCCUACUUCGUUAUGUACUGUAAUAACGAAUGCAGAUAAACGCACAUCAUGAGCAACUGAACACCCGAUAGUGACUUAUUGUUAAUUCAAUAUGGCCGCACCCUUCACUAACACUUGCACCUCGCACUCGCAUCAGCUUUUCGGCAGUGCGUCCAUAGAUGUUAAUGGUCUAGUAUAAAAGUCUGUGGAUAUUAUAUAUUUAUAAUUUUAGUUCUGUUGUCAGCUUACAAGAAGUGGCUGCCGAAA